GGGAGUCUCAUAGUUUUUGUGCGUGUGCUUUUGCUUGACCCCUCUCUGGGAUUUUGAAUUUUUUUUUUAUUUAUUUAUUAUUAUUAUUAUUUUUUUGGUUCUCAAGAAUUAUGGACAAUUGUGAAGUCAGUUCCUCAUAAGACUGUCCAAUCCACCAAUAACCAUUUCUGUUGUUAAAUAUUACGGGGAAAAGUAUUCAAAUAUUACCGGUAAGUUAAAUUAUUUGCAAAGUCGGGAUCGACAUUCAAAAUAUUCAGGAACUUGCAGUUUUUGUUGACGAUGGAAUCACUUCCAAUACUCUGAAUUCAUUACAAAAAGAUUUAAGUAAUGGUUGAAGAAUGUGUAUAUUUUGAUUUGUUACGAAAUGGGCACAGGUGGAUCGUUUCUGCAUAACCCAGAAGAUGACGAUAUUUUUGGCAACGACCUAAAUGGAAGCAGUCAUGGUGUGAUAAAGAGAAUCCCUGUGGAAAUAAAACCCAGAGGAAAGCUGUCGAUAUUUAGUCAUGGCUCCAGCAGAAAUAAGAGGAUUGGGGGUAGUUUACAGUCAGCACUGUCGGUGGAUCUGGAAAAUCCGGAGGCGGAGAAAAUCAAGAAGGAAUUUGAGAUGUACAGACUGAACAAAGAAAAUGAUAUAGCUGACAUAAAGAAAAAGGAGACAAGGUUACAAAUAGAAAACAAAAGACUUCGAGCUGAGCUCCUAGUCCUGCAGAAAACAUGUACCAAUCUAAGGGCGGAAAGAGACCGGGCAAUAGACGCGGAGCAGGCAGCACAAGUCAGAGCAGCAGCAUUUCAAAGUGACAGAGACAAAGUCCAAAGAAAUUUCAAAAUUUUCAGGGAAAAUAUGGAAUUACAACUACAGACAUUGCUAAGGGACAAAAGAGCUUUAGAAAAUAAAAUGUUCAAAGUGGCAUCAGGGUAUAGCUUAGAGGACUCAGAAACUUCCAACAGACCCGACUUUGAUGCUUCACUGGGAAGUCCAAACCCAGGAGACUGGUGGACUGCCCUGGAAAGUGAACCUUCGCUAAGUAACAUCAGCCAGGGGCACCAGACAACACUGAGGGGACCAGAAUUUGCCCAGUGCAUGAUGGAGACUGAGGGACCUUUUAACAACAUUAACAGAGAGGACUGGAGUUCAGUAAUGACCAGCAUGACUAAGAUCAUUCCUAGUCUCCCGGAGCAUGCCCUCAGUCCUGUCAUCCGAAUCUACGUAUCGGCUCCCCGCGAUACUCAGGUAGAGGUGGAGAUAUUUCAGAAGGAGUAUUUCCCUCACCUGGCUUCGCUUUGUAAUGGAGGAGGAAGGGAGUUAAUCGUGAUACAUUUGACACUGGACGACACUAUUAACCUUACAGGACAGGCUAUCGAAAGACAGCAGCUGACCAGAAAGAGGCAGAUAGAAAAGGCGUCCAUUUUUGUUGGUUUUCUAGGAGAUGCCACAGACAGGUUCACUAGCUGGGAGUACAAGUUUGGUUAUUUAGAAAACAGUAGCAAUGUGUCAGCUGUAUUUUCCUUCAGAGAUGGAAAGGGUGGCAGAGCCAGUCACACAGAAGCAAGUGAACUGAAAAACCAAGUCAGACAGAAAGGAAACGCCAAAAUAAUGGAUGGUUACACUGCACCUUCACGUGGAGUAGAGCAAGCAGUGGCAGAAAUUGAAAAAAUGAUCAAAACGGAGGUGGGUAUGGACACUGGACAUGAAAGAAUUGAGGAUGAAGAAAAUGUGGCUGGGGAAAUUGAAGGACCUGACAAAAUAUGUGGAGGACAAGUCUGGGACACACAUGGAGACUAUGAACAGAUGGAGGCAUUUCAUUUUGCCAUAAAAUCCAGCUGUGAACUUGGGUUUGAGAAGCAUUAUGAGAGACUAAAUGCUCACAUUUCCUCAGCCGGACUUCUUCCUCCAUUACUAAUCAGUGGUGCUCCAGGAUCUGGACGGUCAUUGCUGUUGGCUCAAUGGAUGAAUCUACAGCACGAGAAGACCCCCUCUGGUCUGGUCUUGUACCACUUUGUGGGUUCAGAAUCGUCAGUCAGUGCUGAUCCCGUCUUCAUGAUCAGGAGACUGACCUCACAACUGAUGCAGAAGGUGAACUCGCCACCAGCUUUGACUGCUGAUCCAAUCAGAUUAGUGGAGGAAUUUCCACGAUGGCUGGAAAAGGUUUCCGAGAAGACUCCUGGUGGAGUCAUACUAGUUCUAGAUUCAAUUGACAGAUUUCAGCAAGCAGAAAUUCACCUAAAAUGGCUGUUGGAUCCGUUACCUGUGGAUGUUAGGGUCAUCGUGACAGCAGACGAGGAAACCUGUCCUCAGGCCUGGAGAUCAUGGCCAACACUGCAUGUGGAACCACUCAGCAAUAAGAACGUGAAGGAGUUGAUCCAUGCUGAGCUUGCCACAAUGGAUGCCCAGAUUGGUUCAGAGGACAGCUUGAUCUUGACUCACUGUCGAACGCCGGCGACCUGUAGCCCUCUCUAUGUCAUGGUGCUGGCCAGGCACAUUGCAGGGUAUUUAAAACAUGAUGGUCAGGUUGGAUCACAGCUGGAUGUGUUGUUAACCUGUCAGGAUUGUGUCAGUCUGUAUGCCAAAAUUCUGGAUCUUCUGCGGAUUAGUCUGGAAUCUCAGGAAACAAGGGGCUCUCUGAAAUGUAUAUUACGAUACUUGUACGCCAGUCGGAGUGGACUCAGUGAGGUUGAGUUGAUGGCCUUGAUUCCCAAUCUGUCUUGGAAUUUUCUGGCCAUAUUCACAGAGGUCCUAACCGACCACUUGGUGCUGAAGUACCAGGGGGGACUACUCUCAUUUGCCCACGAACAGAUUAGAAGUGCCGUGCAGGAUUACUGUUUUGGAAAAGAUGAGACUAGAUUGGUGGACCAACAUAGGAAAGAUCUGACUAAAUAUUUCUCUCAGUUUAUGAGCCCGGGGCAGGUUACGUGCCGUGUUGCAGACGAGUUACCAUGGCUACUGAAGAUCGAAGGCGACAAGGAGAGUCUGGAAAAGUGUAUACUGAACCUCUGUAUAUUCCAGAGACUGUAUGCAAGGGGGAGAUGUGCAGAGUUAAUUAGCCACUGGCAGUUUAUCACCACCGACAAAAACAGCAUGGCUCAGGCUUACUUCACCGCUACCAGGAAGAUGGAGGAAGUUGUAGGACAACAUGGAGGACUGAUCACUCUCCCUCGUAUUGCCGACAUGUAUGAAUCUCUUGGACGAUUCCUCAAAGACUUGGGACUCCUGAAUCAGGCUGUUCCAGCUUUGCAAAGAGCCUUGGAGAUCAGAGAGAUAGCUCUUGAUCCAGACCAUCCAGUUGUAGCGAGAUCCCACCACCAGCUAGCUGGACUUCAUGCUCAGUGGGGGAAGUUCUCCACAGCAGAGGCUUUCUACAAGCAGGCGCUGGACAUUUAUGUGGACAGAUAUGGAUCUGACCACUACCUGGUUGCCAAGGAGCUAGAUGCUCUUGCUGUUCUCUAUCAAAAACAGGACAAACAUGAUCUUGCAGAACCUCUUAAGAAGAGAGCUGUGUCUAUAAGGAAGAAAGUGAAAACACCUCGAUCUAAUUCUGGCCAGAUGAAAUCAGUUGUACAGAGGAGAGCUCUUCAGCUGGAGGAGUUAGCAAUAGGCCCAGAUUCAUCAGACCUUGCAAGAACCCUUAAUGAGCUAGGAGUUCUACACUACUUACAAAAUGACUUUGAAGCCUCAGAGUCUCUGCUGAAGAGAUCGCUGGAGAUGAGAGAAGCUACCCUAGGCUCUGAUCAUCCUGAUAUUGCCCAAUCUCUGAACAAUCUGGCUGCUCUGUACAACGAUAGAAAACAGUAUGACAAAGCAGAACCUCUGUAUGAGAGAGCUCUACAAAUAAGGUUAAAGCAUUUCAGUGUAAACCAUGACAGUGUGGCCUCAGUUAUAAAACACCUGGCGCUUCUCUACAGGAAACAGGGUAAAUUUGAGUUGGCGGAACCGCUGUAUAAGCGAGCUAUAGAGAUUCGUGAGAAGUCCUUUGGUUCUGAACACCCUUCUGUGGCCACAGCCUGUGUUAAUUUAGCUGUGUUAUACUCCCAACAGAACAAAUAUACUGAUGCCGAACCUCUUUAUAAAAGAGCCCUUCAGAUUUAUGAGGAAAGCAUGGGUCCACACCAUCCCAGGGUUGCGGAAACACUCAGGAAUUUAGCUGUCAUGAAAUAUGAAAUGAGGGAUUUUGAAACUGCAGCCAAACUGUACAAAAGAGCCACAGAAAUCAAGGAUGGUGAUAACUCAUAUGGGGUUAAGGUCUUGUCAAGGAGGUGUUCCAGCAGUGACACAAAUUCUACUGUGAAACUCAUCAUGAACUCAUAGUUAGAGGCAUUGUACAAGAACUUCAAGGUUCAUUAAGAAUUUAUCUUUAGGUAUUUAAUUACAAUAUUCAUCUGUACUCCAGCAAGCCAGUGGUUCUCCGUGAUACUCUCACUAUCACGUAUGUUUUUUUUAUACCGUGUAACUUAUGAAUAUGAUGAGUGUAACCGAGGCUUGUACUUGUGGUAAUUUUUGCAUUGACUCUUAUUACAAAAAAAAAACUUGUGCCAAAGAUAUGCUGGUGUUCAGUGAUAGCAAACCUCAUGUGUGGAAUACUGGUAGUUUAUGGAACAUUUUCUGAUUGCAUUUUGUUCAGCAAUAUUAACUUGUUGUAAAAUGUUUUUCAUGUUACCGUGGUAACAUGUUUCUCAUCUUACCAUGGUAUCUCAUCUCAUGUAUUUAUUGAAAAUCUACACAAGAGUUCAUAAAUAAUGGCGGUCUAUUAAACACAACCCAACAAGCAGUAACUUAAAAAUCCAGCCUGGCCUCUGUACUGGUAAAAAUACCUUUUUGAUGAAGAAAAAUUACCAUUAUUAUCUCUAUGAAUAAUAAAAUCUAUGGAAUCAUACCCUCAGAGACAGCUUUACUUAAAAAAUUACUGUCGUCUUGGAGACAUUUUUCAAAUGGGCAAUUCUCAGUGUAAGUGGAGGAGGGUGUUUCAGCAGGUCAUAAUCAAAUUACACAGAUGAACUAGAAAUGAUCACCUUAAUCUAGUUCAGAUAAAGACAGCAAUACUUAGACAGACAUCGUGGCGUUGUGAUGUCACACAAGAUAAGCAAUCAUCGUGGACUACCUACAUUUGUAAAUGAUUUUCAUGAUGUAGUUACACUGGAAAUGAUACUCCAAUUUUAAGUGAACAGCAGUGAUUUCCUUGUGGCUGCAUGUUGAAGUAACAGGAUUUAAUUGUGACUUAUAAUCAAACGACACGAUUCAAUAACACUUCCUGAAUUUCUCAUCUUUUAGAAUAUUAAUAAGACAAAUAGAAAUAUGUGUGUAAGAAAUAAGACGUCAUUUCCAUAAUAAAAGUGGGAUGUAGGGUGUACAGUUUGAUGCAAUAUGUACUCUACACUUUCGAUUUUUUAAAAAACAACUGUAUAUUGUGAUUAUAUUUUUCAGAAGACGGUUUUCUUAUUCACAAACAAAAACUUUAUGUCGUGAAGUCUUUGAUAAAUGCAAUAACCAAAAGUAUUCUCACAAGUUUUACUUUACAAGCUACUGAAGUCAAUCAAACCAGAUUAUGUGAAGUGUUGUGUUGAAUCAUGUAUGUGAUAAUUCAUAAUCAGUUUCAAAUCAUCAGAAAAUAACUGUAUUGUCCUUGUUUCAAAACUGAAGAAAAUGUCUGUUAAAGGGUAGGGAAUCAAGUAAACUGAAGAAUGAGGUAAUACCAUACGUGAGCUAAAGAAAAAUGUGUUUUUUGUGGAAUAACACACACACAUACCCUGGAAUAAAAUUAUUGCAUCAGACUAUAUGUUCAAAUCUAGUAUAACCUGAUAAUCAUUGUUUAAUGUUAGCUGAACAAGAGGAACAGUAUAGUGAAUUUAGUAGCUGCCCUUUGGUUGGUUGGAGCUAAUACUAGACCACAAACACUGAAAUCUACCGUGUACUUACAAGAUUAUAAGUGUGAUAACUACCUUUCAAUGUGCACAUUUUUGUGACACACAUAUACCAUAGUUGGCUAAUUUUAAGGUUUCACAUUACAGUGAUAGCAGAUUCCAUAUUGGUUAUCUUUAAUUAUUACUUGCGUGUAUGAGAAGAAAAAUAAAUAUUUGUAGGCUAGAUUUGAAAAUUAGCAUGUUGAAGUUGUUUAUUUUGUAGAACCACCAAAUUAUCCUUUAAUCAAUAAAUCAGUAUUACCAGAAGCAGACUUAUUUUAGUCCGUCCUAUUAAUAUUCAAUCCGUCCCCAGCAGCUGUCUCAGUUGAUUUCUAUUUGCCCAUAUUUUGUUUUGAACUUGUUCAGAAAGGCGUAGUGUAACAAUAAUGUUAUGAUGUACACUGAAAUUGAGUUUUUCUGUGUUGAAGUUUUGACUUCAGUAAUGAAGGUUAAACGUUGCCCGUGAUGUGAUUGGUUGUUGGAAAUUGAGUUUUUCUGCGUUGAAGUUUUGACUUCAGUAAUGACGGUUAAACGUUGCCCGUGAUGUGAUUGGUUAUUUUCUAAGAUUCAAAAACAACUGGCCACACAAAAUUUGGUGCAUGUAUAAUCCUGAUAAUGUGCUUACAUGAAUAUAAAAAAUAACCUUCAGCCAGAUAAACUCAUUGAUUGAUGUCAAAAGUAUUACCAUUUUUAACAUGCAUGAUCAUUAGAUCUGAUAUUUUCAAUACACAUUCUGUAUACAAACCCUGGUAUUGAAUUAAGAAAUAUUUUACUCCGUUGUUUAAAUGACAAGAUGCUGUUCUUUUUAGUAUACCAGGUAUGUUUUCUCAAAAUCUGUGAUCAGUUUGAACUGCUGAAUGGUGAUUUAUAUUAGUUUUAAACUGUGAUGAGUUCGAUUUGAGGUUUUGAAUUCAAAGUGUGAAAGAUAUAGAAUUUUUAUUCAAGAUUUUUAUAUACAUAUGUAUAAAAAUUAUGCAUUUAUAUUAAUUUACAAUAAUUCAGUCUGUGAUUAUUGGUGUGUUAUAUGACAAAGGAACAGCUUGUUUUUGAUGCCAUUUUGUUUUAACAUUGUGUAUAAUUUCCUAUAAAUGAUUGAAUUUAGAGUAUCAUUGGGCUGAAAUGUGUGCAGUAUUUGAGGUUGUCAGUCCUACAACUUUUGUAAGUCUUUUGAAAUUGCCAUCCAUUUUACAUUUAUUACGUUAUGAUUUGCAUACAUGUUCUAUGUUGUUUUUAAAAGUGUGCAAAAGAUAUUUAGCUUUAUUCUGUCAAAAGGUUACCUACUAUAAGUCCUUCUAUACUAGAGUUGAUCAUACAAGAUUGGAUAGAUGUAUAGAAAGUGCAAACAUUCUUCUCCUUUAACACUGUUCUAUAUUUUAUAGAUUUGAUGAUAUGCAAUAAUAUUGUGGUUUAAUUGAUGAAAUAUGAUUAUGAAAACUUUGGAAAGCUGCAAUGACCUCGACAUAUUUCCAAUACUUCAUGUAUGCACAAUAAGUUGCUGUUGAAAUCCAUCUUUUAUCUAUUCAUAAAUUAUUAUUGAAAUAGAUA